AUGAACUUACAAUAUAGAAGUCCUUCGAUAGAAUUACGACCAACUAGUAGUUGGUUAUUAUGUUUUAUUACAAUUGCAAUCUUAACUUCUAUUGUAAAAGGUUCACAUUCAGUCACUGUGGAAUCGACUAAUAAGACUAAUCAAAGUCUUUAUUCUGAUUUAACGGGAAUAACUCGUGAAAUCUCAUCUAUCAGAAGUAGUGAUGAUGCUGAUAAACAUUUUCAAUCAUCACUCAAUAGUUAUGAACAAGAACAAUUGUUAGAGGAAGGUUAUCGUUUGGUUAACUUUGAAGACGUUAUUUCAUCGUUUCAAACAACCAUUCCUGAUGAAGGAUCUACGGAUGGCAGUGGCACGUCUACAGAAGAAACCACAGCAGUGACAGUGACAAGUACAACACAAUCGACAACUACUGUUCAUUUAAGUACAAGUGAUUUUCAAAGUACGGCCUCGGCAACUUCUACAAGCGAAACAACAUCUGAAGUAUCUUCUCAAAACUCAACUUCAACUUCUACCACUACCGAAAAAAUAACAACUGAAACUCAAUCCUCAAUAACAGCAACAACAGAAAUGACAACAACAGCAACGACAGAUACGACAACAAUAGCAACAAUAACAACGACAAAUACGACAAUAAUAGCAACAACAACGACAACAGAAAUGGCAACAAUAACAACGACAAAUACGACAGCAAUAACAACAAUAACAACAACGGCAGCGACGACAAUAGCAACAACAGUAAGGCCACAAGUCUGUAUUUGGACCAGUUGGGUACCAAUAACUAAUUGUACUCCACAGUGUGGACCAGCAUAUCGAAUAGUAGUUCGAUUAUGUGUUGACGUUACUACUGGUCAAAGUUGUUCAAAUUCUCUUUGCGGAGAUGGCAGUGCUGUACAAAAUGAAACAUGUUCUUCUUCUCCACCUUGUGAAACAAUUAGUGUUAUUCCACCAACUACUGAUAGAGAUCCUAGCAUACGAAUUAUUUCUUAUGCAUUACCAGAUACAAUGUAUUUUUUUGAACAAACAUAUCGUCGUAUUUGGAUAUCUAAUAAAGGUUACAUUACAUUCGAUACACCUUAUUAUGCCCGAACAAUGACAACUUCUGCCUUUCAACAAAUCAAUAACCAAGCUAUUGCAGCUCCAUUCUGGGCAGACAUGAGUUAUAUUUCUAAUUAUUCCAAUAUCAUAAUUAACUGGUUCAGUUCGACGAAUGCUACUGGUAGUGAUGCAAGUAUUUACAAUGAUGUGAUUCAAUCAGUCAUCAAAUUCGCUUGUCCAACAUCAUUUUGUUCAACGAAUUUUGCAGCAGCAAGAGUUACUCGAAUCACUUGGCAAAAUCUUUUGUAUGAAUUUUCUUCUGUUAAUAAAUCAAUAAAUGUAUCAUUCUCAGCAUAUUUGAUUAAUACAUAUGAAUAUGAUUCUUCACUCUAUAGUUAUCCAGUUCUUCGAUCUUAUAUUGUAUUCGAUUAUACCAAUCUUCCGAGUGAUCUUGGCUAUUUUAGACCUUUUGUUGGAUAUCGUGGAAAAAAUUUUCUAGUGCAAAUUUUAAAUGAUCAGUCUUAUUAUCAAAAUGCUUUGUUUCUAACACAACGUAGUAAGACAUACUUUUAUGUUGGUGGUCGUUUCUUAAGUCAAUGUGAAGUGAGCUUUUUACAAGAAACAAGAAUAAAUAUAUUAUAUCCUUGGGAGAAUCUAAAUGAUAUAAGAAUAAAUCCUCGAUUUCCAUGUCCAUGUACACUUCGACAAGCACAAAUCGAUACUCGUUUUGGUCGUUUGUUCAGCGAAACUCAAUAUGAAUUAUCUCAAAAUAUUGUUUGUUAUGCACCCAGGACUACUAGUUGGAUAAAUAUAAGUUGGAAAUUUCAAUUACUCAGGUCACAAACAUGUUGUUAUCAGAGGUUCAGCCAAGGAUUAAUUACUUUUGGUAGUCUGGCCGGAUCAGUUUUAUCAAAUCCAUAUAUUCUUUUUCUACCAUAUCCUUGGCAAAGACGAAUCCCAUUUUAUGAUCAAUGUUGUUCCCCUUCGUAUAUAACUGGACGUCCAGAUUGGGGAACAUGUCAUUUCUAUUUUCAACUUCAUCCACCCAGUAGUUGUACAGGAUAUCGACCUCCAGCUAUAGUCACUGGUGUUGGUGAUCCUCAUGUUAAUACAAUUGAUAAUGGUCGAUAUACAUGUCACAUACAGGGUCUUUUUGUUUUUGCUCAAACGACGCCUGAAGCUAGUGCAACUGCACAAAGUAAUUUAAAUAACAAUGCAUCGAAUAUUGAUCUUAUAUAUCCUGAUGAUUUAUUUGAAAUUCGUGUUCGUUCUGUAUUCGUACCACCAGCGUUGUCUUAUAUUGAACGAACACAUGGUUACGGUUCAAUUUUUUCAAGUUACACUAUAAUUGCUGUCAGCUUUACUUUUGUCAUUAGUAAUAACAAUGGCAAAUUUGACUUUUCCGUUAACAACAAUGCAACACUUACAAAUGAUUUGUCAAAUAACUUUAAUUAUGAUUAUAUAAAUACAAUGAAUUAUACAGAACGAUAUAUUUAUCGCGUACAACAAACAACUAGAUCUAUAUUAAAUGCUACAAUACCUCAGCUGACCAUUUCUCUAUGGUCUGGACUUUCUAUGCAGUUUGAAAUUAUUGGCGAAAAUCUCGAAUGUAAACUAAUAUUACCAGAGAAAUUUCGAACACAUAUUGAAGGUCUAGUUGGAAAUUUCAAUGGAAAACCCAAUGAUGAUCUAUUCAAUCGACAAACAAAUCAGAUAAUACCAAUAACAGAUUUAGUGAAUAUAACAGUAUCACGGCAUGAUGAAGAUGUUCUUAAUGCUUGUUUGUCUUGGAAGGUACCGAGUGAUACAACAUCCGACAAUAGAAUACCUAUUAUGCCAAGAAGUUUAGUAGAAUGGUAUUAUAAGAAUGCAUCAAACUUACUUACAAGUUUGAAUCCAAGUUUGAAUCAAAUCGUUGUCAAUCGGACAUGUCAUGACAAUUUUGAAUGUAUUCAUGAUUAUCUCAUUCGAAUUAAUUCUUUUACUAGUGAAGUAACAGCUUUAGGUUUAGAAUUAAUUCAAGAAUCGAGAAUUGUUUUAGCUGAAAUACCUCCAACUAUCAAUUUGACUUUACCCGUUAAAAUUAUCUCACCAAUUGAUAAUACAAAUCGUAAUUAUUCAUUUGAAAUUAAUAUUAUGCCUGAUAAUGGAACAACUAUAAAAAGUGCCUAUGUCACAAUUUAUCCAUCUAAUAGAACACAAAAUAUCACUAAUAAUGGUUUGUCUUCUAUCACAGUGCUAAUGCCCAACAAUGUAAAUGAUUCUGUUGAAGUUUUAUUGACAAUUCAAUAUGGAUCAAAUUUUACAUUUCAAACAUAUUUGGAUAUUCUCGCUUGUUUAUGUACCAACAAUGGUACAUGUAAUUUUGAGGAAACAACUACAAUAUCUGAUCAUUAUCAACUUGCUUCAUGUGACUGUCCAGCACAAUAUGAUGGUAUUUUAUGUCAGUUGGAUUAUGAUGGCUGUACAUCUGGUAGUGCUUGUAAAGUCAAUUGGGAUAAUAAAACAACAUGUGUGAGAUUGAAUGCCACUCAACAACAAGAGCAAAAUCGUUCCUAUUAUUGUGACGGGACAUGUGUAAAAGGAUAUAUUCCAGUCGAUAAUUUUACAUGUGAAGAUGAAAAUGAAUGCAGUUUAAAUUCAUCUUUAUGUGGAAAUGGCGUAUGUAUUAAUCUUAUUGGAUCAUAUACCUGUAACUGUUCGUCUGGUUAUCGAUUCUAUAAUGAAACAUGUGUUGAUAUUAAUGAAUGUACUGAACCGAAUAUCAAUGGUACUUUUAUUCGUCGCUGUAUUGAUGCAUGUCGUGAUCAAAAUUAUGGUUAUGGUUGUAAGCAGUCAUGUGAAUGUGUUCAUGGUAAAUGUAAUCGAAAUGCAACACAUGUAAAUGAAAGCUGUAUUUGCGAUCCCAUAUAUCAACCACCUCUUUGUAUUCAACUUAUUGAUCAAUGUGCAAUCAAUAAUAGUCCAUGUAAUAAUACAAUAGAAGAUUGUUCAACAGAUCCAAAUAGUGGUACAGCGAUUUGUACAUGUAAACUUGGUUAUGAAAAAGACAACACAACUAUGUCUUGUACAGAUAUCAAUGAAUGUGCAAAGAAUGCAAGUACUUGUAAUCCAGAAAGUUCAAUUUGUUACAAUACUUUUGGAAAUUACACUUGUAAUUGUAAAGAUGGCUAUGAGUCUAUUGUUGGUUCAUGUAUCGAUAUCAAUGAAUGCCUAAAUUCUAUAAGUUGUGCCAAUUAUACUAACACAUAUUGUGUUAAUAUUGGAGGCCUAUAUGAAUGUCGAUGCACCGAUGGGUAUUCAGUAGGAGGUGAUAGAACCCAAACAUAUAAAAAUAUCUUAAACACACCUGACUCUUGUCUACUAACGGACUAUUCAUCUGAUUGUGAAAAUCAAUGCAUAUAUCCUGCUGAAUGUCGUGCAGCUACUGGUCGAUGUGCAUGUCCAAACACAAUAUUUAAUUUUAUUCUUUUCUCAAGUGCAAUCAAUCAAACAUGUCAAUGUCCUGGUCACCCAUUUGUCCAUUUUACUGGUGAAAAGUGUAUUGCAGCAAAUGCUAACAAUCCGACGUGGUUCAUAAUUGAAAUUGCCAACCGAAUAAAACAAUCCAUUUUUAGCGAAUUAGAAUUGAACUCUAUAAUAUUAAGAAGUUUAAGUCAAAUAAAUAGUACCUAUAAUACAGCGGAUGUACAAAUAAAGAAUACUAGUGUUUUAAAAGAUGAUACAUUUGAACGUUAUGUUGGUUUAAAUAUAUCAUUGAAUGCUACUCAACGUUUGCAGCUUGUCAAUGAAAUUUAUAAAAAUAUACCUUUAAAUACUAGUUAUACUUUGACAGUACAAAUAAUUAUAAAUCAAAAAAGUGGAAAGAUAGAAAAAAUCACCGAAGUACAACCUUCUUGCAUGGAGUGUCAAUUUAUGGAACGUGGCGUUUGCAGUAUGACCUCAAAUGAUACCUGUCGAUGUUUUUCUGAUUUCGAAGGUUAUUUAUGUCGGCUUUCGAAGGCACCACCAUCAAGAACUUGGAUAAUUAUUGUUGCUGUUAUAAGUGCUGUAGCUGGUCUUCUUCUAUUGAUUUCUCUCUCCAUGUGUAUUUUUUAUAUUAUUGGAAAACGUUCUCGUUCAAAAAAUAAAGAAACAAAACAAUCAACAGGUAGUAAAAAGCUUACUAUUCCUCGAGUUCGUCCUCCAACUAUGGGUACUACCAGUAAAAAUACAGUUGGUCUUACUGAUUCAAGUCGUGCUAAAAAUGAUGAACAAACUAAUGAUACAUCUGAUACAAAUUCAUCUGAUUCAACAACAACUCACAAUCCAAUUUAUCAUAGAAAUGAAAAUUCUCAACAUACAUCAUUAGCACGUGGCUCUAUACCACAAAAACAAAUGCAUGGAAUGGCUAAUACAUUAAAUAGUAUUCCUCGUGAUCCUAAAGAUGAUUCAUCUGGAACAGCUAAUUUAUUUCCGGAUUCACAUGAUAUUAAUGAAAUUGAAUUUACUACUGAUUUGUUAGAUGAUAUGAUAAAAGAUGAUGAUAAUAUAGAAGAUGAUUUUAUAGAAGCCAUUAAUCCAAAUAUAGUAAUACCAAAAUGA